GCUGGGCCUUGCCGGGGCCGGGCGGAGGCGGCGGGGCCGGGCCGGGCCGGGCGGGUCGCGGAGCCGCCAUGAAGCCGAGCGGAGACGAGCCGGUGCUGCUGGCGGAGCUGAAGCCGGGCCGGCCCCAGCGCUACGACUGGAAAUCCAGCUGCGAGACCUGGAGCGUGGCCUUCUCGCCCGACGGCACCUGGUUCGCGUGGUCGCAGGGACACUGCGUGGUCAAGCUCAUUCCCUGGCCGCUGCAGGAGGCCGAGCUCUGGAAAACCUCGGAGCGGAAGAGCCGCGGCGGCAAAGGGGAGCCCAAGAGCCACGGGGCAGCCAAGGAGAAGACGCUGGAGUGUGGGCAGAUCGUGUGGGGCUUGGCCUUCAGCGCCUGGCCCGCGGACACGGAGCCGGCCUGCGCCGGGGGGCUGCCCUGCCUCAUCCUGGCCACCGGCCUCAACGACGGGCACAUCAAGGUCUGGGAGGUGCAGACAGGACAUCUUCUCUUCAGCCUCUUGGGACACCAGGAUGUUGUCAGAGACCUGAGCUUUGCUCCCAACGGAAGCCUCAUCCUCGUGUCAGCCUCACGGGACAAGACCUUGCGUGUCUGGGACCUGAGCAGAGAUGGGCGGCAGGUCCAGGUGCUGUCAGGCCACGUGCAGUGGGUCUACUGCUGCUCCAUCUCCCCGGACUGCAGCAUGCUCUGCUCUGCUGCUGGAGAGAAGUCGGCACUGCUGUGGAGCAUGAGAUCCUACACCCUGAUCCGCAGGCUGGAGGGGCACCAGAGCAGUGUGGUGUCCUGUGACUUCUCUCCAGACUCAGCUCUCCUGGUCACUGCCUCCUAUGAUGCCUGUGUCAUCAUGUGGGACCCCUACACCGGGGAGCAGCUGAGGACACUGCGCCACGUCCCCUUGCACUCAGCACUGGACUACAGCAGUGAGGUUCACACCAGCUCCCUGCGUUCUGUCUGCUUCUCCCCUGAGGGGCUCUACUUGGCCACAGUGGCAGAUGACAGGCUCCUGAGGAUCUGGGCAUUGGAGCUACGGGCUCCUGUGGCAUUUGCUCCCAUGACCAAUGGCCUGUGCUGCAUGUACUUUCCCCAUGGAGGUUUCAUUGCCACAGGGACCAGAGAUGGCCAUGUCCAAUUCUGGAGUGCUCCCAGGGUCCUCUCGUCUCUCAAGCACUUGUGUCGCAAAGCUCUACGCACCUUCCUCACCACCUACCAGGUCCUGGCUCUCCCCAUCCCCAGGAAACUGAAGGAAUUCCUCACUUAUAGGACCUUUUAAGGCAGGAACAGGGAGGCACAGAUGCCAGAGCCCCUCUGCUCAGGGGGCAGAGGGCUGCAGUGCCACUGCCUGGCUGCUCCGGGAGCUGUGGGGCAGGAGGAUUGCUGCUCAUCCUCAGCUUGGGGCUGGGGCUGUGAAUAUGGAGGGAGGGUUGGUGUAAUAAUACUAUAAGCCAGCAAAAAAACCCACCCCUGCAUGCAGAGGGUAAGGGGCACAGCUGCCUGCAGGGCACACGGGUCCCUCUGCUGUCUGCAAGUUUGGGGUCAGGUGCUUUUGCUUCCAAGUGCAAUGUUGGGGGUUGAAGGUUGGUUGUGCAAGUGUGGGGCCAUGAGCAUCCCCUGACAAAGGUGACCCUCCUCAGGACCAGCUCAUCCUGAGGUUUGGCUCUCAGGUCCCCAGGCAUGAGCUGGACAGACCUGAGCUGGAUUUAUAUGCCAGCCAUGACAGAAUAAAAAGGUUAUUCCUCA